AUGCAGAGGCCUGCGUUGCUCGCCUCUGCUGCCUUAUGGGUCAUGCAUCCCCAGCUCUACUGGGCUUCCAUCAAGACUCACAUCGAACUCGGGCAUUGGUUGAGAGACCAAGGCUUGGUGGAUAUGCAUCGUUUCCUGAAGCAUUGGGCCUCCAUUUAUACCGGAACUGCCAUCAUGUGUAACCACCAGUCUCCCGACCACCGAGACCCGAAAUGUCUACCCGAGGCAUUCAAUAUACUAACCUGCAUUGGGAGUUACCAGCAGGCAAUCAUGAAGUUGCCCAACCUGGGGAUCGAGUUGGCAUACAAUCUGGGAGUGAUGGUGAGUUAUUCGGGCCGUCUUGUAAGGCAUGGAAUCAGGGUUGAUGAAGGCAAUCAGAUAGUAUGGUCCUGGUUCCUCUGA